AUGUCGGCACCAUCGAAUUACAUCCCUUUGGGAUGCUUGGUCAUCAAGAAAACCGACAAUCUCAUCAAGGACGAAAUUUGGAUCGCACUUCAAGAGAAACACGGAAGCUGGGCGGAUGUUUCUCCAGUAGACCCGGUCCCUGAUGCUAGCGGCACCCAGCUAGCCGCUUUCGCGGAUAUCGACGACGCCCUUCUGAGAUCCAAGCCCUUGAAGAGUUUCAAGAACCUCACUGCCGCGAGAUGGAUUCUCCUACGAGUGCUCGUCCAGCAGGAUGUCUGUAUCGUCCGAGUACACGGGCUGCCCGACGAUGUUGACAGGCGUCUCGUGAAUCGAGAUAACACCAAGCUCAAGUACGCGCGAGGGUUGCUCCUCAACGUUCUCGACUUUUCACCGGAAACCUGGGCGGGAAGGCCAAAUUCUUCACCCGUACCAAUUUUUCGUCAUUCUUUGGAGGAGUCGGGUGCUGAGGAUGCCUCGCUUUCACUGUUGCAGAUGUUCAACAGCAUGCCCUCACCAGAUCCCGACCCUGGCAUCAUUGCGAGCCACGCGGAUCGAGAAGCUGCUUAUGCUGUCCAAGACAGCGAUAUUCCUGGCUUGACUACGAAGCUGUACAACUACCAACGCCAGUCUGCGGCUCUGAUGAUUCAGCGGGAGAGUGAGCCUGGUCAGGUGUUAGAUCCUCGCCUGCUCAAGGGCUUGGACCAGAAUGGUGUCACUUUCUACUUCGACCCAAGUUCGGGCAUCCUCCUGAAGGAUCCCCGAUUCUACGACGGUGUUAGGGGCGGCAUACUUGCCGAACAAAUGGGCGCCGGAAAAACCCUCAUCUGCCUGUCCGUGAUUCUGGCAACACGGGGUUCGGCCACCUCGACGCCCGACAUCUACAAAGGAAGCGACAUACCGGUCAGACCCGUCACCGGUACUCUGGCCGAGAUGGUCGCUUCCAAUAUUAAUCGCAAGGGAGCCCCCUGGAAGAUUUACUUCAAUGCUUACGGGACGACAAAAGAUCUAGAAUACUCGCGUUGCUUGGCUGCGAUCAAAGAGAACCCUGGUUUUUACCACGUCCCUGCUCCUCCGCCGAAGCGUGCCAGCCGUGGCCUCUCGGCAGUCGCGAAACCACCGAUCAAGAUUUGGCACAGUCAUGCAUCGCUGGUGGUGGUUCCGAAUAAUCUGAUGAAGCAAUGGGAGCAAGAGAUCACCAAACAUACUGCAUCGAGAGAAGACCCGGCCUGUCUUAAAGUCCUCACACUGACCAGCCAGAAAGGCGACAUUCCACCUGCCCCUACGCUGGCAACAUACGACAUUGUUCUCAUCUCGCAGACUCGCCUCAGCAAUAUUUACAAACAGACAUUAAUGCACGAUUGCCCCUUGUCCGAAAUCCUUUUCAAGCGCUGCAUUGUGGACGAGGGCCACAAGCUGGGCUCUGUCAAGAUCUCGAGCAAGACGGAUAUGCUUCUGGCAUUAGACUUGAUGCAUAUAGCUGCUCGCUGGAUCGUCACUGGUACACCAUCGCCGGGCUUGUACGGCGUGGAUAUGGAACACCAGAAACCUAACUGCUCCGAUGGGGAAACUGGCAUGGAAGACAGCAAAUUCUCGGCAGAGACAGAACGACAGGACCUGUCCAAGAUUGGUGCCAUAGCAUCGCUCUACUUGAACGCCAGGCCAUGGUCGAAUACCUCCCUGGAGAUAGGAGAUACAAUGGCGGACUGGUCUGUCUACGUCAUGCAACCAAAACACACCUCGAGGAGCAGUGGUCGAAAGGGAGUUCUGCAGGCGACACUAAAUUCGCUUCUGAUUCGGCAUCAAUUGUCUGAGCUCAACAAUCAUCUUCCAGCCGUCAAGGAGAAUAUUGUUGUUUUGGAGGGCUCCUAUCAAGACAAGCUGUCGCUCAAUGUCUUUUCAAUGAUGACAAUCUUCAACGCCGUCCAGUCUCAGAGAAGCGACAGAGAUUACUUCUUCCAUCCGCGGCAACGAAAAGCUCUGCUUCAACUACUGCACAAUCUGAAGCAAGCCAGCUUCUUUGGCGGCUCAUUCUUUUCACCCGAGGACAUAAAAAAAUCUCUGGACACGGCGGGAGAGUUUUUGACAGAGAAGAAAGUUCUGAUCAGUGAUGAAGACGAGGCUUUGCUGAAGAAGGCCAUGGAUAUUGCCCGGAUCGCGCUCGAGGACCCGCUGAAGAUACUCAGCAACAAAUUCAACGAGAUACCGGUCUUCGUUCAAGACUUCCUGCCGAAUGGUGCGGGUGCGGCAUGGUCUUUGGACGACGAGAACAACAAUCCGACCUGCACCGAUGCAACCUUGGUGAUGGCUGCACAAAAGCUGAUCCGCUCAUCACUCGGUAACACGACGAAGAUGAACAGCUUACUAAACGGGCAGUUGCUUGAGGAGGGACACCAGAGGCUGCUGGAUCAAGCCGUCUCCAUUGCCGAAAACACAGAAUCUGAAAGAAAACAGACCAAGGGGCCAAGCGUCCUCGCCGGGAAUACAGGGCUGGGAGGCGACAGAGUUCCUAGACAGCUUCGCGCGAACGCAUUUCAAACGCUCGAGGCACCCACUGGACAUCAGGAGCCCCCCGACGACCUUAAGAAGGCACGUCUUGUCUCCACCGUCUCGGCUAAGCUAUCCUACUUGAUCGAUGCCGUCACGGAACAUCAGGCAGACGAGAAGAUCAUCAUCUUCUACGAAAACGAGAACGUGGCUUGGUACUUGGCAAGCAUGUUAGAUGUAACUCAGGUGCCUCACUUGAUUUAUGCUAGAUCGUUGUCAUACGACCGCAAGAUGCAAUACGUCAACACUUUCAACCACGACGCGAAGUUUCGUGUCAUUCUCAUGGAUUUGUCACAAGCAGCGGUUGGCCUCGAUAUGCGUGCCGCGUCGAGAAUCUACUUCAUUAACCCGGUGCUGAACCCCCAAAUACAAGCGCAAGCGAUCGGUCGCGUACGGCGUAUCAGCCAGCACAAGCCCGUCACAGUUGAGACCUUGGUACUUCGAGGAAGUAUCGAGGAAGUGAUUGUCGAGAGGAAGAAGAGCAUGUCCCAGAUUGAGCACUGGAAGUGCAAGUCGAUCCUGGACGACCGUCCAAUCUACAACUGGAUCUUGAAUGCGGCGAUCCUCCCAUUACCCAAAGACCAGACAGAGAAGCUGGACCAGGCUGUGCCACUGAGAUAUCCUCAGCCAAUUUUCGGCAGCGGUUUCGGUCAAGAGCACCACCCCAAUCAAGACAUCAUCAUGGGUGAUCUAAGUCCCACUUCACUUUCCAAGACACGACGGCCGGCGAACGACACGCCUUCGAGCAGCUUGAAACGUCGUUACACUCCCGAGCCGCAGGACGAUUCGGGGUCACCGGAUGUUGAUGAUGAUUCAUCACGCAGAGUCCGCUUCAAAGCAUCCCAUGACGGUGCGAUGGGAGAUGCCACCACAAUGGGAGACGCAACGAGCGGUGAUAGUCAAGAAUCCGUAGUUCGACCCGGUCGGCAGGUUCGAUUCGCUGGUGUUUGA